UAUCAGCAGGCAUAUUCAGGACCAUCAGUCGGUGGUUAUAUCACCUCACAGACGAUUCCUCGUCUUGACCAAGGUACUGGUUCAGGUUCAUCUAUUGCAUAUGUUGCUCCUCUAAGACAAGACCUGACAUCCAAUGAUGGAUAUACCACACCAAAGAGUUCACGAUCUAGAACACCAUCAAGUACAACCAGUACUGAUGAUGCUGAUAAAUGGGAUUCYUUGUUGAAAGCAAAGGAUGACUUGAUUACACAAAAAGAUCAGAUCAUUGACAGACAAAAGAAAACUAUUGCUCAACUACAGCACCAACAUCUAAACAUGGAUGCUAAACUACAACAUGCCUUACUCAUUAAGUCAUGUGACCAGGAUAGUGUAGUGACACUUAAGCUACARGAAUAUCAGUUUGAGACUGCACAGUUGAGAGCUCAGUUAUCACAAGUCACCAAUGAAAAGAAUACAGAGAUUGAAAGAUUGCAAAGAAAGCUGGGACAAAAGAAAACUAUUGCUCAACUACAGCACCAACAUCUAAACAUGGAUGCUAAACUACAACAUGCCUUACUCAUUAAGUCAUGUGACCAGGAUAGUGUAGUGACACUUAAGCUACAAGAAUAUCAGUUUGAGACUGCACAGUUGAGAGCUCAGUUAUCACAAGUCACCAAUGAAAAGAAUACAGAGAUUGAAAGAUUGCAAAGAAAGCUGGGGGAGACUGAGUACCUGCUUGAUCAAAUGGAUGCUUGUGUUAAAGACACAGCAGCUUCUAAAGAUAAAGAUGUAGAUUCACUUCACAGUCAGGUCAGCAAAUGCUGUGUUUACACCUUAUUACUAUUGGGUUUUGUAACAAGAGGUACCUGA